AUGGAUUAUGUUCAAAAUGCAUUUUACGACGCUUCGAAUUGGAACUUGGAGAAUUCAUACUCGCAGUUAACGGCUACUGCUAGAGCUCUUCUCGAAUUCGAAACUCCUCGUGGCUUUGGCUUAAGCGUUUCCUCUCUCUCUUCUCCCAACUUUGCGACCUCAUAUGCGAUCGGCAGCGUCGGUUUGGUCGAUGGCUCGCUAUCCUACCUGUAUUCCUCCCUACCACUUCGCCCGGCUUCCCAAAGUGCCAACAUCGAACUCGAGGAUGUAAUACGCGGAUAUAGACAGAUACAGGAGUUGCGGAAACAUAAACAUUCUUGGGAAUGGGAGCAAUGGCAUGCGGGCAAACGAAUCGACAAACGCGAUACACUGCUCUAUGGACGACUAUACUUGCCACAAAGCACACUGGAAGCGCUAUACCUUCGAAGACUCACACCUACACAGCAGUUCAAAUUGUCUGCUGUAAGUGACGGUCGGUUGCGAAAUGGUGGAACGAUUUUGGCCUUGCAUCAAUAUGAUGUUGGAAAAUACUGCGCUGAAUCCCUGUAUUCAACAGACGGUGGUUUGGUUGGCAUCAGAGGGUUGUAUAAUUUUGGUCCUGAUCCUAGGAAAGGCAUUACGGAACCUCCCAGGACCGAAGAUCGCUUUUAUGGCCGAUUCAGUGCAGGAGCGGAGGUGUAUUAUGGGUCGCUGAACAAGUCUGGGGGAGUGAGCUUUGGAGGAAGAUUUGCGACUCUGCCCGCCCAUAACGGCACUCCACUAACGGCGACGUUGACAUUGAAUCCCUUGAUGGGAAACAUAAGUACAACAUAUGCUGUCAAAGCGGGGAGAAACCUAGCGCUGUGCUCGAAAUUCGACUUCAAUGUGUAUAGUUACGAAAGUGAUUUGAUGCUGGGCUGCGAAUUAUGGAGAAUGAAAGCCAAGGCUGAGAAAAUUCGAGUACGAAGCAUGGCGGCAAAACUGGAAUGGAGAUUGGAUGAGAUUGAAAAGAAACCAAUAUCAGAGCCUGAACAAGUGCUGGGAGUUCUGAAGGCACGAGUCGACCAGAAUUGGAAAAUUGGCUUGCUCUGGGAGGGCAAGGUCAAGGAGUUGCUAUUCACUCUCGGGUCUUCCAUCGACAUGAAAAGAACGGAUCAGCCAUUCCGUGCGAUUGGUCUAGAACUGCAAUACUCUUCAUGA